CUGUUAUUCGCCCCUCAUUAAUUCAUUAGGGGCUGAAACAAAACUUGAAGUUCUCUGUCUUCUAGGUUGCUGCGCCGUGUAGUCUGUUACAGUUUACUAAGUUUCAGAGAUGCCUGCUGCCUCGUCAUCAGGGCAUCCAGGGCGAUCCCAACCCAGAAGACAACCAUCUUCAAACUCGCCUCCGUGAGAAACUCAUAUCUCGCAAAAUAAAACUUGCUUCUAAUAUCACUGAAGUAUUAGAUAGGAAAUCAGUGAUCUGCUUCGAGCUCCGGCCGCCUGGAAAACAGUCCCAUGUACCAACCGAAAUAGGGUGAAUGAGGAAGACAGAAAUGCCAACCAUAUCUCGAAUCGUGCUCCAGCAGUCCAUCCACUAUGUGCAGUUUUGUCUCGGCCGCUGGUACGUUCUGCUUCAAGCCCACGAACUAAUGCAAGGGAACAGGAAUACUUACAAGCCAGAAAAGAAUCCUCUGAGACUGAAGACAUGCUUCAUGUGGUGCCUCCCCAGGAGCCCUCCAGGGGGUCAAGUGAGGGUCAAAGUCGUGAGUCGACAGGGGACCGUAGCAGCCACUUCCUUCCUCCACGACGACGAUGAAGGGAGAGCAGGGAGUGAGUUACCACACACUGAGCCCGGAAUGCUGGCAAGAAUGCGGGACGGACCUUGCAGCGUGGUCAGUUCACGAUCGCAUUCAGAUUUCUACGGCUCUUCGGAAGACCACUUACGCUGUUAUGAAGUGAAGGAUGCAUUGCAUAAUUUGUUUCGCGUUCCGCGAAGUGUGUAG